ACUACUACUUCUUGUGGAGUACUGCAAGUAUGGCAACAUUCUUGACUACAUGCGUCGCCAUCGUAAAGAGUUUGUCAACCAAAUUAAUGAUGAAGAUAAGAUAGACCCAACUCUUACUGAUUUACGGCUAAGUCGACGCAGCGGCUCCGAAUCACGAAGCAGGACAUCUCUUAGAGCCAAGGACGACCAUGUAAGCAUCAUCCAAGACAAAGUUGUGUACAGCACUGGCCAAACAUCUUACCAAGAUCACUCGCGUCAGGCGCUGCUGGGCUCCCGAGCCUCUCCACCCCACACACAAGCCGCCAUCACCCAGCCAGCGGCAUGGUUCUGCAGCAGAACCUCGCCUAGCACUUACAACUGUCACCUCGCUUCAGACAUGACUACCCUCACCCUUGAGAGCAGCAGCGGCGCCUCAGACGGCUAUGUUGGCUCCCGCUCCCUUGGCCCCCACGCUGCUGCCUUUUGUUCCAAAGAUCUUCUCUGUUGGGCUUUCCAGGUCGCCAGGGGAAUGGAGUACCUUGGCUUUAAAAAGGUGCUCCAUGGAGACUUAGCAGCUCGAAAUGUGCUUCUGGCUGAAAGAAAUAUUGUCAAGAUCAGUGACUUUGGACUUUCAAAAGACGUUUACAAAAUUCAAAACUACAAGAAAAAGAGUGAUGGACCAGUACCCGUCAAGUGGUUGGCACUGGAGUGUCUGAAGGACGGGGUCUUCUCCAUCCAGAGUGACGUCUGGGCUUUCGGGGUGGUCAUGUGGGAAAUAUUCAGCCUGGGACGAAGCCCAUAUCCUGGAGUAGAUCUUGAUGAAAAUUUCAUUAAAAUGCUUGAGAAUGGAGUUAGGCUGGAGAAGCCCAGAUAUUCCACUGACGGUUUAUAUGGUAUAAUGCUGGACUGCUGGAGAGCUAACCCUCUAGAGAGACCUUCCUUCUUACACCUCCAACACACACUUGGAGAAAUAAUGGGCGAGACAGAGAAACAGUAUUACCUGGAGCUGAACAAACCUUACCAAGCAGAGAACACAGAGAGCAGUUUCCUGAGCAUGCUGCAGAGUCCUGAUUAUUCCUCAAAAGUGCGUGAUGUAAGUCCAAAUAUUGAUGAUGAAGGAUAUGAGAUGCCAUUCAGUCCAAGUCCAUUUCAAGACGUUUUGAUAGAUGGUGAAACCCACAAUGGACAGCGUGUUCACACUCCACGUCUAACUCCUUUGCAAAUAGAUUUACUUCAACAGGGGACUGGAAUGACUAGUCCUAGCUUAAUUAAAACUAGUUUCUCAAUGUCUUCACUCAAGAAAAACAAUGAGAAUGUAUUUAUCUUUGAUCAAGAAACUAUUAUAUCUGUAAAAAAGAGUGAUGAGGCACUUGCAAACACCGAGGAAGAAUCUGAUGCCGAUUCAUACCUAAAGAUGGGCCCUGGAUUAACACCAAAUACAACAGUGAGUUAUGGAAGUCGAGAAAAUUCCCCGCUAGUUAGGAUUGGAGAGGUCCCUAAACCUGAGAGAGCGCCAAGAAAUCAAUCGAAUGGAAAUUUUGGUAUUGUUCGUCAUAAACUGGUUCAUAGCACAUCAGAGAUGGAGAAGAGUGACAGCGGCGUUCACAGCCCCACAGCAUACAUGCAAACAAAUCCAGGUUACGUCAACAUCAGAAGCUUUCCUAAAAUGGGAGAAGGGGAUAUUUCCUCUGUUAAAUUAGCUACUCAAGAAAUAAAUUAGCUUUCAGAAUGAUGAUUACUAUGAACAACUUCCGUACCUAAAAGCUUUGGCCAGAUGUAUUGCACAAUGAAACUGGAGAAAAUAUUGAUCAUCUUUCAGUAAUCAUCUACCAUCUGAAAGGUAGAACAGAACUCAACCUGAAGCUUCGGUUUGUUAGGCUCCUUAUGUGUAGAACAUCUACCAGAGCUCAGUAGUGGAUGAUGUCGUAUAUACUCAGUCACUCGGUUAAACACCGCUCAAUCUGGCCACUAACGGGAUGGGAUAUAUGUCCCUGACAAUGGUAUACCAUACCAUGAAGAAUGGCAUGCAAUAUGGGAGGAGAAAGUAGCUGUAUAAGCAAUAUUUAACAACUUUAGAAUGUGUUCAGGGUCUUUCAUAUUUUUACCAUAUACUUUAAUAAUUCAGGAUAUAAGUGAGAAAGAGACUGCUGCAACCAAACAGCAGUAUACUAAUAUGAAAACUGUGUGUGGGCAAUGGUGAAGUUUUUUUGUCAUUACAUUAUAUGCUUUUUUGUCAUUACAUUAUAUGCUGCAGACAUAAUGCUGACCAUAAGUUUGUCUUGAGUUCAAUAUUACCAGAUAGUACAAUUAAAGUACCAGUAACAAUAAUGAGUGAAAAAUGUCAGUAUAAUGAUCACUUGUAAUUAUGUAAAACAGUGAGUAAUAUGCAUUCUGAUAUGGUAUUCGAUAUUAUAUUUAAAUUAAAAUAGCUAGGCAGGAAUCAAGGGGGUUAAUGUGAAGAUUUUCUUUCUUAUGGACAUUUGCUAAAAUUGAGCUAAUCUGUAAAGUCAAAGAUUGACCUGCUGUGUGAACAAAUCCACAAGGGCCGUGACGAGGGUUCGAACCUACGUCCGAGAGGAUCCCAAACGUUGCCUUAAUCGACUGAGCUACAAUCCUUGUGGAUUUGUUCAUUUGAUGCAUCACGUCAUUAUGAUUUCUGUGUGUCUGCUGUGUGAAGAUUAGGAAUCAAACGGAUUGAGAAAGCAAAAUUGAGCAUUUUCAACGAUAACAGUUUGCAUCACUUGUUUUAAAACUACAAGAAUCAUAGUGUACUAGAAAUCCUGACUUGUGUUUCAAGAAAGCAUGAGGCCACAGAGGUUUGAAACUCAAAAAUAUAAGUAAUUUAUGUUGUGUAUGUGAUGGAGUGCGAAAAGAUAAGUGAAUUCAGAGACAAUUCUAUAACCAAUGUUCCAGCAAUGUGUAAAUAUUUCAUUUAAAAUGAUCUGCUACUAGAAAUUUUAGCCAAAUAU